CUGGGUGUAGAAGUGUUCGCACAGCUGCAGGACACCCUGGCCCUUGGAAUCACCUUAGCUAGCUGACUGGUUGUAGUUUUUGUUGACUUUUGUAGGCUUUUGGCCUUUCAUCCUUGACUCCGUAUGCAUGUGCCAGGAGGUGAGUGGAGAAAACAAGAGCAAAGCAUGAGUUAAGAAUACAUUUGAUUGCCUGAUAGACACACUGGCUCUGAGCCUGGCCCGAGUAAAGGUUAAAAUUGUUGGCCUACCUCCUAGCUGAGCGUUAAGUUUGCAUUAGGUGUCCUUGUGAUCCAUUGACAGGUAUCAUGGGGUUUUGUGCCCGACCAAUGAAAACAUAGUUUCCUACAAUCAAUGGUGCUUUUGGAGACUGGUGUAGGUGGUAGGCUGUCUCCUCUCCUGAAUCUUUUGUCGGUAUUUGGUGUCACUAUAUGCAAAGCACAAAGUAACUUUAUCUCUUCUCUCUUGCUAAAUUGUUUUCCUUCCAUGGCCCUUUCCCUCUUGCAUGCAUGUAGUAAACUUUUAGGAAAUACAGGUGUACAGUGUGAUGUUUUCCUUUACCGGACUGAAGGACUUGGUCACGUUUCCAUAUAAGGUGCACCAUCAGGCCCCUGCUGUUGGGACACACCCACAAAUAACUCGAUCAUUUCAUGCAUAAGAUGAUUUCGGUGCAUAGCCAUUUAUCUAUCUAGGGGAUGCUGUUUCUCAGACUAUGGAGUGCUGAUUGUGUCAUUAGGGUCUUUUUUUCUGGUUAAGUUCUUUUUUUUAUCUAUUAAGGAUUUCCUGGUGAUUUCGGUCAUUUUGUAAUUUAUUGCCCAUCUUAUAACAGGUAUUGGUAAUAUUAGGGUGAAAACAUUUAUACAAGAGGAAAUAAAAGUCAAGGAAGCAGGUAAUUGACCCAUUUAUCAGCCCUAGCAGAUGAUGUCUCUGAUAACAACCUGGUAGCCAUAGUGAAUUUAUUUCUGAUUGCUUGAGGGAACAGAGCCUAUAUGCUUUUUGUGCAUAUAGAGGUGCGCGAGAGGGUAAAGGAGAGAGCAGUCUAUUCAAACUAAGCAAAACAGUUGGGUUUCUGGCCUGGCCUUUUGGUAAGUGGAUUCACACAGUGUUUUAAACCACCCCUCCAAUGUGUGUUUGCUACAGUGUAUGUAAGGCUGAGUAAACUCUCUCUUGUUGCUGGUUGGUGCUUACCAGGUACCAAGAGGCUUCACAUACGAAUUUCUUUUUCUAAAUCUUUCGCUUGAAUGAUAUUUGGAAAUGUGAAGUGUGUGUGGGCAAACCUGUUAGUCUGUUCAUUUCAUAUAGCUUUAGCGGGUCAUUUCUGAGCAAAAAUAGCCACCUUAGCAGAGGUGGCAUUACUAAGCAGGAGGGUUGGUUCUAAUUGUCAACUUGACACAAUCUAAGGUCAUUGGAUUUGUUGGUCUGUGGUCUUGUCAUGGGAGGAUUUUCUUAUUUGUGUUAACGGAGGUGGGAGACCCCAUCUGGAUGUGGGUGGUACCAUCUCAUGGGCUGGGCUCUGGAUGAAGGGAAGCUGGAAGGAGCUGAGCUCCAUCGUACUUUUGGGAGUCUUUUCUUCCCUUCUGCUAAGUGGGUCUCAAGGAUCAAACUCAGGCUUGGUGGCAGGCUCAUUUAUGCCGUGUCAUCUUGUUGGCCCUACACACAGUUUUAAUGAGUCUAGUGAUUUCUUUUCUGCUUAUCAAAGACAAUAGCUACGAAUUUAGAGGAAAGGGCCUCUGCCUUGGAUCAGUUGAGACCCCUAAUCUUCAAAAGGACUCUUGAAGUAAGAAUCAUCACUUGAAAUCCAAAGGUAGGGGUGGAGGAGAUGGCCCAGCGGACAACACACCAGCUACACAAAGAUGAGGAGUUUAGAUCCUCAGUGCCCGCAUGAAAGCUACGAUGCUGCUUGCUGGGAGCCCCAGUGCUGCAGAGCAGAGACAGGAGGAUCCCUAGGCUCAGUUCAGCCAAAGCCCUGAACCCCAGGGGUCUCAGAAAUAAGGUGGUCAUUGAGGGAGGAAGACGGUCAUUGUCAUCCUCUGGUUUCCACACCUGCAUGCAUGGGUUGUGUGAGCACACAGGCACAUCUAUCCACCUCCAAGCCCUACAGAUCAACAGGUGCUUGAAGCCAAUUAAUUAAUAUAGGUGCAAAACAAUGAUAAUCUAUGGAGUUUCUGAGACACACCUGUGUAAUAGAAACACAACGGUAAUCUCAACCUGUUAAUGGUUUUGUUUGGAGUGUAUAUAUUCUAAAAUCCAGCUAAAAUGAAAUGUUAAAAAAAUACUGUAUAUUUGGUGCUUUUGGUAAUUUUUUUAUUACCCGAAAAAUUAUAUUUUUGCCACAGUGCUCCUAAAGUUGUGUUUGUCGACUUGGUUUUGUCGCUCAGUGAGAGCGCAUGCCUAAGCCGUUAUGCUCUUGGAACUGUGGUUGUCCAUGACAUUUGCUGACAAGCAUCUGAUGAACACUGUGGUAGCAGGUGUCUCUUAAGGGCUCCAUUCGUUCACUCAAUAGAGAUUUCCUGGGAGUCUGCUCUGCGCCAGGGUUUGCUCUAGAAUUCACCACUCACUGAAAGAUGAUAGAAAGGCUCCAUGAUGUUAUGAUUGGACCUGGGUUUCGUGGGGACUCUGAAUCUUCUGUCGUGGCUUUGUCAAUCAGCCAAGGGAUCUCCCGCACACUGUUGUCCUGUCUCUGGGUCUGGCCAUUAGAACUGGGUUUCCAAAAUCAUAAAACAGAUUUUGAAUUCACAAAUUGUCUUUGUAGUUAUAUUGGACAAGUCUGGAAGCUUGUCUAUGCUUUAGCUGAGGUCUCUGAAGACAGUGGUCAUGAGACUGGUGGCAGUCUGCUCUCUGCUUGAGAACAGCAGUGGCCAUGAAGCCACCACCACUGAACCCAUGGCAUUCUGCUGGUGUUGACCUAAGUUCUCUGCUAUGGUUGUUUUGUUUUUGAGAUAGUGUUUAUGCAGGCUGGCCUGGAACUCCAGAGCCUCUUGCCUGUACCUCCUGAGUGCUGGGAUCACAAGCUCAUAUAUCACAACACACAGCAGUUCUCAUUUCUCCAAGUAGAUGGCUAUCCACAGACACACGUGGCAUCUUGAGAACUCGUUUUUCUUGGAGCCUUGUGGGAAACACCCAGUAUUAUUAAGGAAAGAGAAAGAGCUCUGUGUAGGAUGCAGAAUUUGUAAAAAUGCUAACUAAAGACCUUUGGGGUUUCCAGGAGGGACUUCUACAACCAGUCAUGGUUACCUUGUGUGGGUGGGGUGGGGCAGAGGGACUGUCUUCUCUUGCCUGGGAAGGGAACUUGGGGGUCGGGGAAGCUUGCAAAGUAGGUUCUUUCCUUUGUUCUAUUUGACUCACUAUUUUUACAGUAUUGUAGAUUCUCACUUUGAAGAUGGUUUUUAUUAUCAAUAGAUAGAGGCUCUCCAAUCUUACAGCCAUCUUCCUUUCGACUCAUGCCUUUGAGAAGUAGUAACUGAAGGCCUACUUUGUACUUGGUACUGUCCCAAGAGAUGGGGGACACGGCUACAAAUGAAACAAAGACCUGCUCUCCCCAUUGUUGCUUGAGGGAUUACCUGAAGACAUGAGGACAUUGGACACUGGCCACAUGAACAGUUGGGAGAGAAAAGGUUUCUGAGAAAGAGAUAAACAGUCACAAGGGCACAUGGCAGUCCAAGUGAGUGCCUGGAAAUGAUGUCACAGGUAUGGAGGUCAUGGCUUUGAGGCUGGGAUUGGAUCUUGGUGAUCACAAGAAGCCUCGUGGAGGCCUUGGUUGAGGCUGCGAAUACUGGGAUUUGACAUAGUCUUGAGAGCUUUAGUCUGGCUGCUGGGUGAGACUCCCAGCCAGAACAAAACUGCUUCUUUGGCCUCAGCAAUGUCCACUAAGGGGGUCUUGGUAGAAAUGGAGAAGAUGGCCAAGGACCCUUGUACAGAAGAAAGAACCAAUAAAAUCUGUGAGUGGAUGAAAUAUAGGAUAGGAAUACUGAGAGGAAGCUGAAGUGUUUGGUGGGGUUCUAAGCUCUUCUCUUGGAGAUGUAGAGGGGUGUCCAUUUCUGUCGAGAUGGCUGUUUUGAUGGAGGAGCUGUCUGGUUGCUUGGUCAUGGGAAGAUGUGCCCAGGCUCUUUAUCUGAGUACAUCGAACCUGGUGUACUAACUAGGUUGGAAUUCAUUUCAAAGACAAGGAAUGGUGUCACUCCUGGUGUGUUCAUUUUUGUUACGCCUUUCCACCAAGGGGAUUUGCAUCAUAAUUUGCAGGCAGUGCUGUGUCUGAUUACUGGUCUGGCCCAGUAUCCCCUCUGCAGUCUCAAGUGUGGGCUUCUCCCAGGCUGUCUCUCAGCUGCACUAGUAUCAGGAAGUUGGUUGUCUCCACUACCCUGCCCAGUUCCUAAGCUUUCCUCUUGGACUGGCUGACGGCUAUGUCAUCUCUGAACCUUUGUCCGGGGAACUGGUGGGGCCUUUAUCUCGGACAAAGAACACCAAGCUCUGAAGACCUACAAGGUCCCCCCUUUCAGGUCCGUGUGGUGUCGGGAAUUUCCUCAGGCUCUCAGGCCACAAAGGGAUAAUUUAGACUUUGGCAGAUGAAGCCAGCCCAACUACAGAUGUGUUUUGUGUUCACAUCAUAAAACUGGUGGAAAGCAGGUCUGGAUGCCACAGAAGAAAUUUAUUAACCGGCAUGGAGUGGGUGGGUGGCUUUUGUCUUCCUGGCACCUCUUGCCGGGUCUUUCUUCUGUGACCCACAUUGAGCCUACUAGGUCCCACCCUCUGGCUUCUGUGAUAGGCUUAGGGAGGGGAGCAUGACCACCAGCAGACCAAUCAGAAGAGGAAAGACCUUUUACUCCUGGAGAGAGAAAAUCUAGGUAGCCCGCAGCCAGGUUUUUUUUUUUUUUUCCUCUUGUGAAAUGUGGUCCAGGAAACAUCUAAAGGCAAACGAUGGUCCUUGCAAAAUCCUAUCAGAUCUCAGCUGUGUUGUGGCCUCACCUCCAGCGGUACAAUCCUCAUGGAGAAAAAGAGUUCUUCGUGCUCUGUAGUCCUGAGGUUCACCACCACCAGCUCACGAUCUUCCAGCAUGGAGCAGGGUCUCCAUGGAGCAACCGACUCCCAACAUCGGUUGUCUAGUGGCAUGGUAUCUUAAGCUUGUGGGUGCGAGGGGAUCAGCGGUGAUGCUUACCUUUGGUGAAUCAAUAGUAGUGUGGUUUUUACAUGGGAAGAAUGCAGAAUCUAGACAUGUUUGCCUCGUCAGGUUAAUUUAUCCACACAUACUACCUUAUUCACCAAAGACAUGUUCUACUUUGGUUGUUAGCAGAGGAACACCCAGUGUGUGGAUGGGUUUUCAACAUCUAACGCUGCCUGCACCAUCAAAACCAACUUGUCCCUCUUUCCACUAGCACCAUGUUGGUGGAAUCCCUUUUGGUGGUGGCAGACUUAUGACGCAAAUGCUUGUCCAGUUUCUGCUCCACCAUAUAAACUGCAGGGCUUGACUUUGGGUCACGUGAAUUCUGAAAACAUUCCCUUAUUUGUUUGUUGUGUUAAAUCAGUAUAAGUAGGGGUUUGGCUGUUUGUAGAGUACACCCCACUCUUAGCCCACAGGAAACCCCAGUUUCAUCAUCAGUACCAUAGACUGGCUACAAUGACAAACUUCAGCAAUCCCAGCACCCAGAAAGGGGAGUCAGAAAGAAGCAUUCUUGGCUACACAGCAAGGGUCCUAUUGUGCCUUUCUGUGAUCAAAUGUCUUCAUCAAAACCAGUUUAGGGGAGCAAGGGUUUAUUUCAGGUUACAUCCCAUGGCUGCUGGGAAGCCACACAGCACACAUGCUUGAAACAGCUGCCAGCCUCAUUCACGGUGGGGAUCAGAGAGAACGAACACAUGCAUGUUCACUCGCAGCACGACUCCUAUGCUCACAUGUGGUUCUGGACCCUCUGCCUAGGAAGUGAUGUUGCCCAUAGUGGCCUGCUUCUCCCAUAUCAAUUAACUUGAUUAAAACAACCCCAUAACCAUGUCCACGGACUGACUCCAUGUAUACGAAUUCUUACUGAGACUGUCUUCACAGGUGGUUCUAGGCUGUGUCGAGUUGACAAGUAAUCCUAACCAUCCUAGUGAAUUUGAGGUCAGCCUGGAAUAUCUCAGAGCCUGCCUCAAACAAAUAAAUAAACCCCCUAAAAAUAAGCAAUAACAUUGUUUUUGCUAGUAGCUUUUGUAGUAGCGCUCUUCCAGCCCUACACAUCACUUCUGUAUGAUGUCUCAUGGAAAGGCUGGCUGUUUGAUUUGCAGCAAGCAUCACAGGUAACAGCUGAUAAUGCCGACAGUGAUCUGUAACCUUGGAAAGCAGGUCUAGAUAUUUACCUCAGAUGCAUAUUAGGUGGAAAGGGACUUGGAAGACCUCAGGAGGGAAAUGAGCUCAUUGGUACGGAGCAGGUGAACACGCCCGUGGGAGUGUUACAGAGACAUUCGCUAUUGACCCAAGCCAACCUCUGCUAGUCCUGAGAGACUGGUGGGUCCAUGUGUGUGUGGCCCACUGGCAGGUAUGGUAUGUAAGCUGAUUGAGGAAUGGGCCUUACAGGUUUCCAUCUGCCCUUGCUUCACCAUAACUCAAACGCUGGGAACUAAUAGACUUUUUGUAUAUGUUGUCUGUCCACCCGCUCUGCAUCCUUCUAAAGGAGGAGGCCCUGAGCUGACUGUCAGCCCCGUUAAGUGCGCCAAAUGAAAACUUUACAACUUUGAGACAGUGAGGUGCAGAGGCAUUCUUUUCUGAGGACAGCGAAGAGUUCUGGAUAUCGACUUACCCGAUUGCUGCUUGAGAACUAAAUUAUAAAUAAAUGCGUUAGGUGGUGGACGUUUGUUUUGUUUUACUCACAGUGUAGAGACAGAACUGUGUCUGGCUCUCACUCCACGAUUGCACUAUGUUUCUUCUUCUUUCUUGGACUUUCUGAUUUUUCGAGGGGACAUACAGACAUGAACACGCAUGGGUGCACGCACACUGUUGUGUAAAUCUGACGAGAAACAGUGCAAACCUGACAGUCUAGACAGAGAUUGUUGGAGAAAUAAAAAUGAAAACAACUUCGUUUUUUAGAGGUUAGAAACAGUGUGUUUACUGGAGUUAUUUGCAUUGGCUAUUCAGAGGCUUCCCCGAGCGCGCGCACGUGCGCGGGCGGGCGCUCCGGAUGCCUUGGCUGGGAAGCCGAGAAGGACGCAGGAAGCCUCACCAGGAGCUUGUCCAGCUCCACUGUUUCCUAGGCUGAUUUUGUGCUGCCUGACAGACAGGAAGAUGGAGGUGUCUUGCUGCGGGGCCUUCUUGAAUGCAGAAACGUGAGAGUCGGGAGUACCCCGCCCUGCACUUUGUGGCACCCAGCAGGCCCCUCCUCUAGACAGCAGUGGCACAGCAUAACAUGCCUGCAAGUCUUUCCUCAUGAUGUACAGGGACAAGAGUUCUCUGCAGCUGGAACAGUAGUCUCUGUGAAUUCCUGCAUCAAUGAAAAUACAGGGGAGCCCACAAAUAAAAGGACAAAUAAUAACAGAUAAUUUAUAUUUGUGGGGAAAACCCUCAUAGUCUUGUAAACAGAAAAUGAUUUUGAUUUUCCCCAACUUCUUUAAGUCUCUACAUAUCUUAAACGCACUUUUCUAAAGGCUUUUGCGCUUUUCAUUGGACCUCAAGGAUGCUUGAAUCAUUUGAGCUGUGUCUCCUCUCAAAUACCUGUUCUUUCUCAUUUGAGGGGAUGUGUUCAGAUUCUGGGGUCGUUUGAAUAGUUCUGACUUCAGAACUGUCACCUUCAGGGAAGUGAUUAUGUUGUUAGUACUCGGAGUUCUCUGGGGAAAACAAAACCAACAGGAUGGUUGUACACCACAAAGGUGACUUACUAGACUGGCUAAACCAUACUUCCUGGGUAGUUCAGCGAUGGCUGUCUUCAUGCUGGAGAGGCUGAGAAUCGAGUAGCUGCUCAGUACACAAGGCUGGAUGGCUCAGAAGUCCAGCCUAAAACUGAAGACUGAGUGGAGCAUCUCCUAGAACACGGAUCUUUGAUCCAUGCUAAAAGGCUGAGGAGGUAGGGUCCAUCACCAGUCAGGGAAGGCGGCAGCAGCAGUAGCAAUCACAAGGCCAGGGUAAUCACCAUCAAGGGUGAAGUCAGGCAGGCAAAGACAGCCCUGCUUUUUCCUCACACCCUUUUCAGCCAGGUCUUUCAGGAAACACUCUCAUGGACCCCCUCAGAGGUGUAUCCCUUAGUUAAUCCCAGAUCCAACCAAGUUAAUGACAAAGAUUAACUAUCACAGAGAUUAAUGGAGUGCUAUGAUCUUUGUAUCCCAGUUUUUAGAUAGUUCAGGGGAACAUGUAUCUCUGUGAUUGUGUCUGAUAGGAGUAGGGGAUUGUAUGCCUGAGAAACACACACAGGCAUUUAGGGGCAUACAGCACUCUGUGAAGCCUUUGCUCACUUGUAACAAUUGUUUGGGGUCAUUUUUUGGCAAAAUUGGGAGAUUGGUCUUAUGUGGCGAUUAUUGCUGUGUGUCUCACUUGAGAGUCUUUGAUGUCUUCUUCACUCCUAGAUAAGAUCGGUCUGAUUGGAUAACUCCCUUAGCUUCUGGCCCACUUACAAGGAAGAGGCAGGAAGGGACUGGAGACAUAGAGCAGAGUCUACAGGGUCCUCUCCUCGUCUGACAGUCUCCAGACAGGGGGCUAAUGGUCAUUAUGUGGGAUGAUCCCUUGCUCAGUCACCUAACAGAAAGAUGCUUGAAGGUGUCUGGCAGAGCAGCCAGCCUCUAAGAACUUGGCAGAACCCAUCCUGGAGGCCCUGUGGCAGACUUGCUGGUUAGCAGAGAAGCCAGGUGUCCAGAGAUUUGGUCCUUGGUUCUUAUGUUAGUAGUAGGUAGCCAUAUGGUAUCGAUUUCUUCAUCUCAGUAAAAUGACAAGAGAGGACACCUGUCUGUAACCUUUUAGGUUCUUAGAACCCUCAUUUCAUGGAUCUUCCUAAGGUCUAGUUGACCCUUAAUGCGCUGGCUCAGGGCCAGCCUUGAGUAUCUUAGUGCUCCACCAGUGUGAAGCAGAACCCAAGCACUGCCUUUUAGAUCAUGUAUUGUUCUGUUCACUCGUAUAAUGUGUAUAACGAUCAAAGAAGAGGCAGCUAGUUCUUAUUGUAAUGAUUCUUCAAACGGUUUACAUUUCUUGCUGUUUAUAGUAGAGAUGCUGUUGUUGUUGCUGCUGUGUUGUUGUUGCUAUUGUUAUUAUUUUGAAGUAUAUGAUACUUAAUCUGAAAUCUAGGUAAGUAGUUUUCGAAAGACAUAUAAAGUUGUUGGGGUUGAUAGUGACUGUUUGAGGUUUAGUUACAAAAAACAAACACCCCUGCUCCUGGAGGCCACUGGGGAAAUGAGGGUCCAGAUCACCAGAGAUUUCAGGACAGAUGAAAAAUGCAGAAAUCAACUCAGAAAAGGAAAAUGUGGCAAAUGGCGGGGAACCAGACUGGGUUUUACACAGAAAAUGCAAUUUUAGCAUUUUUUAAAAGCAAAUUCCAUUUGAUAUUUUACAUUUUCUUGAUAACUUAAUAAAGGAUCUGGGAAAGACGUUGCACCUAGUGUGGAAAUGUGUCAUCGACGACAGCUCCUCUCUGGACAGCGCGGGAAGAGCAGUGUUUUCACUUGUAGUUCCUCCUGUAGUUGCAACCCUGCAAACAGUGCAGAAUGGCUUGGAGCCUACUGCCAGUCUCCAAACACUCAUGGAACUCUGCAGGGGAUCAGGCUCCCUGCUAGGCUCAAAGUGGGGUAUGUAGAUGUUAGUAGGCAGGACGAGGCGGAGGGAGAUUUCAGCGAAGGAGAGCAGUGGUACGGAAACUCCUCUGAGACUCCGUCAGAAGCGUCCUAUGGGGAAGUCCAAGAGAACUAUAAGCUGUCCCUGGAGGACCGGAUCCAAGAGCAGUCCACAUCCCCCGACACCUCCCUGGGCAGUGCCACACCCAGCAGCCACACGCUGGAGUUGGUGGCACUUGAUGGUGAGGUUCUCCGAGACUCGCUGCAGUGUCAAGGUCACCUUUCACCCGGAGUGUCCUCUGUGUGCGAUGAUGACCCACCUAGUUCCAAUAAACCUCUGAGCAGCAAUUUGAGGCGGCUGCUGGAGGCCGGGUCCCUCAAACUCGAUGGCACAGCCAAUGGCAGGGUGGAGUCUCCCGUGAAUGUUGGCCCCAGUCUGUCAUUUUCCCCUCCGUCCCACCAUGCCCAGCAACUCAGUGUCCUGGCCAGGAAGCUGGCGGAGAAGCAGGACCAGAGUGACCAAUUCACCCCAAGUAACCGUUUCAUAUGGAAUCAAGGUAAGUGGUUGCCGAACUCAACCACCACCUGUGGCCUGUCCCCUGACUCCGCCAUCCUCAAACUGAAAGCCGCAGCCAAUGCUGUUCUGCAGGACAAAUCUCUGUCCCGGACUGAGGAGAGCCUGAGGUUUGAGUCUUUUUCCUCCCCGUUCAGCUCGCAGUCUGCCAGCUCCACCUUGGCGGCCUUGUCUAAGAAAGUGAGCGAGAGAAGUCUGACUCCGGGUCAGGAGCACCCGCCUCCUGCCAGCUCUUUCCUGUCAUUGGCCUCCAUGACCUCCUCCGCAGCCCUUCUGAAAGAAGUGGCUGCCAGGGCCGCGGGUAGCCUUCUGGCUGAGAAGUCAUCUUUAUUGCCUGAUGACCCUCUACCACUGCCGUCUUCUGAGAAGAAGCCAGAAAAAGUCACCCCGCCCCCUCCCCCACCUCCUCCGACAGCGCAGCCGCCUCAGUCCUUGGAAUUAUUGCUACUUCCAGUUUCCAAGGGAAGAGCCUCCAAGCCCUCCAAUUCAGCCCCAGAAGAAGAAAGCGGGAAGCCAUUCCAAUGUCCAAUAUGUGGUUUGGUUAUAAAAAGGAAGAGUUACUGGAAGCGGCACAUGGUGAUUCACACGGGCUUAAAGAGUCAUCAGUGUCCACUCUGUCCAUUCCGGUGUGCUCGCAAGGACAAUCUCAAAUCCCACAUGAAGGUUCAUCAGCAUCAGGACCGGGGAGAGACUUUUCAGUGCCAGCUGUGCCCUUUCACAUCCUCACGCCACUUCAGCCUGAAACUGCACAUGCGUUGCCAUCAGCACUUCCUGAGGACAGAGGCCAAGGUGAAGGAGGAGAUCCCAGACCCAGAUGUCAAGGGAUCUCCCCACCUCAGUGACAGUGGCUGCCUGGGGCAGCAGAGGGAAGGAGGAGGGACAGAGCUAGUGGGGACCGUGAUGACGUCUAACACGCCAGAGAGGACUGGCCAGGGUGGGGCUGGCGUUGCACCUUUGCUGGUGAAGGAGGAGCCCAAGGAAGAUAACGGCCUGCCCACCUCCUUUACCUUGAAUGCUGCCGACAGGCCCGCCAACCACACAAAGCUGAAAGACCCCUCCGAGUAUGUGUCCAACAGUGCAGCAGUAUUGUUCAGCCAGGACAUCUCGGUUAAGAUGGCCUCCGAUUUUCUCAUGAAGCUGUCAGCUGCAAACCAGAAGGAGCCUAUGAAUCUUAAUUUUAAAGUGAAGGAGGAGCCCAAGGAAGAGGAGUCCCUGAGCAUGCCUUUGCCUCGCUCCAGCUACGUGUUCAGCCCGGAACCGGAAGUGUCUACCCCAAGCGUCUCCGAGGACCCACUUACACCCCAGGAAGGCAAGGGGAGUGUGUUAAGGCGGGACAUGUCGGCCAAGGCUGCCUCAGAACUUCUCAUGAAACUCUCAGCGGAAAGCUACAAGGAGACGCAGGCGGUGACGGUUAAAGAAGAACCCAUGGAGGUGGACAUCCAGGACUCCCCAGCCUCCAUAUCACCCAGCCGGAACAUUGGCUACAGCACUUUAAUGGGGCGAGAGAAAACUGAACCCUUACAGAAGCUGCCAGAAGGUCGAGUUCCCCCAGAGAGAAAUCUCUUCAGCCAGGACAUCUCUGUGAAGAUGGCUUCUGAGCUGCUUUUUCAGCUCUCGGAAAAAGUGAGCAAAGAACACAAUCACACGAAAGAAAACGCAAUGCGGACAACCACCAGCCCUUUCUUUUCAGAAGACACAUUUAGACAAUCACCAUUCACCUCCAAUUCAAAAGAUCUGCUGCCUGGUGAAUCUGUGCUGCACGGAAGAGUGUCUGCUCCAGAGACAGAGAAGGAGUCAGAAAACGGUGUAAGAAGAGAGCGGCAGCAGCCUGCUGAGGGAAGGUUUGAAGAAAAAGACAAGUCCAGUCCCUGGCUGCAAGUCUUUGAUGGAGUAUAGCAGAGGGAACCAAUGGCCAUGUGGUUCAAGUGACCAUUUUUGGAGUAAGGUGACUUUAAGGAGCAAGAUGACUCACAGCAAUUAUUAUUUUUGCAUACACUAUGUGGGCAGUUGCCAAAAGAAAAGUGGAGAAGUUUACUUCAAAAAGUAAAGAAAUAUAACUCUUAUGAAUGCUUUUAACAUGUAGGCAUGUUUUCAGUGUGUGAAGGUUAUUUUUGACACUAUUUUUGAUCAAAUUGGUUUUCAUUUCUUUGAAAAAUGUUAAUUUUUAAAGCAUGCCAGUCCAUCUUCCAACUGUUACUUUCCAUCACUGGAAAAUGUGGUAUUUUAAAAAUACCAUUCCUGUGUGAGUUAGAUCGCCUUGGGUUCCAUCCCUUCGUAGUAAUUACAUUAAAAAAAAGCCAUUUGGACAUGAGGUACACCAGACUGUUUGUUGCCGUAGUCUUUGGGCGGUAAUAGUAGCUACUGUGGACUUUUUGGCCCCUCACCCCCAUUCCACUUACCCUUGAAAUUCAAUAAUGAUUAUAAAACAUUUUUAUGAAGAAAAGUAAAUGUAUUCUUGGGAAUAAGAGUUUGAAGAAAAAAGAUAAGAUUCACGCUGCUCUGAAUUCUAAGCUGUGAGUGUAACAAUGAUUUUGGCCACAGACAGGGUGGGUGUCUCCUGAGGCUCCUAGAUACCCUGUGUAGCAAUGAGCAAGUUUUGGGAAAGCUUUUUAGACAUCAUUUCAUCCCAUAAGCUAUUUAAAAAGAGCUGUGAAAUACCCAUGAACUACAAUUAUGACAAGAAUCACAUGGACCAGUCUGGAGAUUUACCAAGCUCACCCAAGGAAAGAUGCCAAUUCGAGGGUGGUUACUUAUUUUUAACCUUACAAGUUUAACCUUCCAAGAUGGAUUAAUUAAAUUUGCUUCAGGGUACCAGCUAUUAUACAAGAGCCACAUACCAUCUUCACUAACUUGCUUGUCAAAAAUAGUAUGUUCAGUGCGUCCGUCUGUGGUGUUCUUGCACUGGCCUGUUGGUCUCCUAAGUACCGUUGACUCAGGUUUAAUUAAAGGCUGGCUGCAGAUGGAGAGUGUUUUCAGUAGUCACAGAAAGAAGUACCGUGAGCAUUCAGAUCUCUGUUGCAUCUUUUUAAUUUUCUACCCAAGAAGUCACUUAGAAAAACCAUCUCACUGGCUGCAGACCGGACCCAUUGACUGCUCCUCAGACUGUUUUCAUUCCAUCAGGGACAGAAGAUAAUGAGAUGCUAUAAAAUGAAUCAAAUACAAAAAGAUCUGAGCAUCAUUGAAUAUUUAACAAGCACUACGAGAAGCUUUUGAGAUGUGUGUACAGUGGGAUAAGAGCGUUCACUCACUCCUAUGUAUACCUAUAUAUAUGGACUGUCAGCAACAACAGGGAACACAGAAAUAAGUUCCAUAAAUAUAUAUCUAUCAUAUGCUACCGUUGUCUUCCUUCGUUCCCUGUUACUGUAAUGAAGUACUUGGACGUGAGUAAUUUAUGAAGAAUACAGUUUAUUUGAGUCAUGAUUCUGGAGUCUGGGAAUUUUAAGGCACGGUAGCAGCAUCUAUCUGAUGGACAUCUGGUGAGGGCUUCUUGUUGCAUCAGAAUAUGACAGAGGGCAUCACAUGCUAAGACAGCAGAGUGUCACCUUGCAUCUCCUCCUGUUCUUUUUUUUUCAAUUGAAAAUAGAUUCUUCUCUCUUACAGUGCAUCCUGACACAGUUUUCCCCUCUCUCCACUUCUCCCAGCCCCUUAUUACCUCCCUUCUCUCCUACACCCACUCCCGUCCAUUUCUCUUCAGAACAGAGUAGCCUUCAAGAGACAACAACCAAACAGGACAAAACAAGAUGCAGUAAGACAAGGCAAAAACACUUAUAUCGAGGCCAAGCAAGGCAACACCAUAGGAGAAAAUGGGUCUGGAGCAGGCAAAAGAGUCAGAGAUACGCCUGAUCCCACUGCUAGGAGACCCACAAAAACACCACGGCACACAUGCAGGGAACCCGGUACAGGGGACCCCGUGCAGCCUCAGGCAGGCUCCAUGUUUACAGCUCCAGCCUCUGAGUCAGUAUGAGCCCUGCUUAAUUGAUUCAAUGGGCUAUGUUCUUCCCAAGUUCUGAGGGGAGGGACCCAAUGGAGACCUCAAGUAGACACUCUCCACACAGUGUUCGGCUGUGCAUCUGCUCCCCUCUGCUGCCGUAGGAAACCUCGCUGAUGCUGACCAGACUAGGCAUGGAUCUGUGAGUGUAGAGAAGAGCAUUAGGGACUACUUCAUUAGUUUUUGGAUCUUGUCUUUUUCUUUUGCCUGUCAUAUUCAGUCCUACCCUAGGUCUCUGGCAUAUCCAAUCUCUGGUUCCUGGCCAUCCUGGCAGUGCCAGGCAUGGGUUCCCUCUCCUGGUGUGGACCUCAGGUUAAACCAGACAUUGUUCGGCCACUCCCACAAGUUCUGCUGCACCACUUGCAGGCAGGACAGAUUGUAGGUCAAAGGUUUUGUGAGUGGGUUGGUGGCCAGGUUUCUCUUUCAGUAGCCUGCACAGUACUUUCUUGCACCAAAAAGGCUAGAAUGUAGGGUUGAGGGCCCCAUGUAGACACAAGUUUGCCCCUUCUACAGGGGCCUCACCCUAAUCCUAAUUGUUCCUUCUCCCAGAGACCUGCCUCCCAAUAUUAACACAUGAAUUGGAGGGACUAGUCCAGAGUCUAGCAUGUAUCUUAAAAAGCAAAACAAGGAACAAGGAAGGGGUAGGUGUCCUUCAAGGAGGUGUCAUUCUGGCAGCUGGGUGAAGCCGGGACCUGCCUUGUGGAAGAGUGUUGUAGUGAAACAAUCUGUCAAGCAUUGGGAGGUGAGACUGGAAGGGAAGAGUGAGAAACAGCUUUCUGUGCAGGUGUGCAGAGCCCGUUGGAAUGUUCCAGCAAUAGACUGACUUGAUCUUUCCUUUCUUUUUCUGAUUGUCUUUGAUUAAUCGUUAAAGCCCAAAGUUCCCUGAAAGAGAGCAGAGGCCUGCCCAUACAGAGAUCAGUCACGCAUGGAAAGUGGGCUGAGCCAUCUUCCUGUAGAGAAUGGAAUCCAUGUGUAUCCCUUCUUAGUUACAGUUUCUGUUGAAUCACCAUGACCACAAAUCAAGUGGAAGAGGAAAGGGUUUAUUCAGCUUACACUUCCACAUUGCUGUUCAUCACUAAGGGAAAUCAGGCCAGGAGCCUGGAGGCAGGAGCUGAUGCAGAGGCCACGGAGGGGUGCUGUUCACUAGCUUGCUCCCCCUGGCUUGCUUAUAGAACCCAGGAGCACCAGCCCAGGAGUGGCACCACCCACAAUGAGCAGGGCCCUCCUCCUUGAUCACUAAUUGUGGAUCUUGCAGCUGGAUUUCAUGAAGACAUUCAUUCCCUCAACUGAAGCUCCUUCAUCUCUGAUGACUGUUGACACAAAACUAGCCAAUACCACCCCUUUAGUAAUUAGGUAAUUACAGGUACAGAACGCUCCCUGAUAUUUAUGUUAUUCAACUUUAUUACUAAAUUAUAAAGUGGGGGUUCUGCUUUAUUAAGGUUGGUUAAUGUUUGAAUGUUUUCCCCUUUAAUCUGUGUAAGACCUGAAUACCUAUGGGGAGAAAUGUAUGCAUAGCUCAUUCUGUUAAUAUUAAAGGGCUCAAAAAAUUAUAAUACUUAGAUUUUAGGAGAAGAUGAAGCCAUUGUUUCUUUUAGAAAAGGCAAUGGCUGCAAGAGAAGAUGACUUUAGCUUCACACAGAAUUCAUUGGAUUAUCUCGACAGAGGUAUGUUGGGCAGGUCUGACUUGGCCAAUAAAACUGUGAAUUUCUGUAAAUUGGCGCUUUCAGAACCUUCCUAGAGGUAAUGAUGUGCAUGUGUUUAGCCAGAACUGCCACGGAAGGGGUGAUCUACCAUACCCAAACCCCUAAUAGUGGCACUUCCUAGCUGUUACGCCAAAUUAUAAUGUGCAAGACAACAUCUGGGUAUUUACAGUGGGCUUUCCCUAGUGUCUAUUGUCUGCCUGUGGCGAGCAGACUGUCAGCGGCCCUCCUGUGUGAGUGUGCAUCUUCUGUAAUGAGGGGUUUGCCUGUGCCCGGUUCGUGGAAGAAGUACUUAGUGAGGAGUUGCUUCGUUCGUCAAGCUUCGAAAACUACCAAGAACUAAGCUGUUAAAACCCUGGCCGGUGAGGAUGUUUACCAUGCAUACUGAAGGGCUCAGGUCAGGAUGCUUUCCCAGCUAAGCACACCCCCCCCACCUUCCUCCAUAAUCCUCGGAUUUCAAACUCACCCUUAAAAUCUUAUAGUUGGGGAGCGGAAGUAUGAGGCUCUGUUGCUUGCCUAGCAUACAAGAGGCUCUACCUUCAAGCUCUACCACUGCAUGACUACUUAAGCUGGACAUGGUGUUACAUACCUAUAACCUAGCUCUAGAAGGGUGGAGGCAGGAGGAUCAGAAAAUCAGAGUCAUCAUCAGUGAUAUUUGGAGUUAAGGCCAGCCUGAGUUACAUGAGAGCCUGCUCAAAACCAAAUUAAACUUUUUAUGACACUUAGAGUAGAAGUGAGUUCUUCAUAGGCUUUUCAAGACCUGCUUAAUGCAUGAUUUGGUUAAGUGAUUUAAAUGUGCUUCAGCUAACAGGGCAGAGCAGGUAACUGACUAAACUAGCCAGACACUCAGAGACAGUCUGCUGGGAUGCGUGGGAGAGCAAGAGUAAGUUUCCAUGAUGCAACAGGCGGUUCCCUCCAUGGUGACUUGCUGGGGCUUUGGCAUUGUCUUAACCUUUGGGUAGUGUGUGUGAAUUAGUUUCCUCCCAGGGUGAUGCAAAAUUCACAAUUCCCAAGACAGAGGCAGACAGUGCCGAGAGGAGACACACAUCCGUGUUCACUGUUCCAUGUGUGUGCUGUGUGCGUGCGCAUCCAUUUCCUUUAACACGCUGGUCAGAAUCUCUAAGGGAGCUUUGCUGUUUUAAAUAGAAGUGGCUGGGGCAGCAAGAUGACUCACUCAGUGGGUAAAGGUGCUUUCUCGAUGCAUUCCUGGCGAUUGGAGGCUGAUCCUUAGAACCUAUGUCAAGGAGCCUAUGUAAAGUCGGACAGGAAGAGCAAAGUCCACAAUUUAUCCUUUGACUGCCACAUGAAAACACACCCACCACCAUCAUAAAAAUAAGUCUAUUACAUAAAAUUUCCUGUUGAAUAUACUUUAAAUCUGAAAAAGGAAGAGGGAGAGAGAGGAAGAGGGAAGGAGGGGGAGGGAAAGGGAGAGGAGAGAAAGAAGAAAGAGAGACAGAGAAGGAGGAAGAGGAAAGAAGGAAGGAAGGAAGGAAGGAAGGAAGGAAGGAAGGAAGGAAGGAGAAAGAAGAAAGAAAGCAGAUUUCUAGGCAAGGAAGGUGACCCGUCCUCAGAGAUGCACAAACAUGUGCUAGAACUAAAACUGAAGAGAAGCGAAGCUGAGGAAGAAGGCAUUCACUUUGACAAACCUGCUGGUUUUGUAUGUGGCUAAACGACAACCUCAGUGCUGGUGUGUGCCGCACGCUGACUACAUUUGCAUCAUUUUGUUUGAUUCGGAAGCAAGACAAGAUUGCCAGCAGACUUUUGGAAACCCUCAUUGGCUUGAGUCAGAUGACAUCACGGCUAGCUCUUUUCAGUUCUUGGAUUCCUGGGCCUCAGACACACUGAUUCUGGAGUCUUUUCAAGCAGAGAAACUCCUUUUCGCUUGGAAAGGAGGUAGAGAAGGUAUUGCCUGGUUGGAGAAAGUGAGUAAUGUUCCUGAAAUGGUGACUUCAGCUCUGUGCCUCUCGGGCUGAACCCAUAACAUUCUCUGAAUCCCUCUGGACAGCGGCUCCUCCAUGAUUUUGUGUUGGUUUUCAUGGCUGAUGGGCUCAGCAUGAUACUGCAUCACUAGGCUCUUCUAUUUUCCUCUUUAUCUUCGAGACUCAGUACACUCAUUUCAUGACGUGCCAGUGGGUCAGCCCCAGGUAACUGAUCGUCACUGGGAUAACCAGAAAGGAAGCCUGAAGUCUCCACCUGUCAGUUCCCAUCCAGGAAUCGGAGUAGCUGAUCCAAGCAAGCCGGGAUAGCACACUCUCCUGGCUUCCGACUUCAUCCCACUGACAAGAUUGAGUGGGUCCUGAACCAGCUAUUCCCAGCUAUGCCUAUAGCAAACACACACUAAACAAAAGGAAGGAGACCCUUUCCCAGAGGUAGCCCCACGAAUAUUCUGCUGCUUGCCUUAGUGGCAAUGGGGAAAUAAUGGUGUUUCACACCUUAAGGAAUUUCACUGAAGAGCAGUCAGUGUCUGUACUCUCCCCUCUCCUCACUAGGGAUGGUUAGGAUGCUUCGUGGACUGACUGGAAAUAAUGGGCUGAUCAAUUAGCUAAGCUUCGUAAAGCUUGUGACUUGAAAGGGAAGAGGCAGCGGACUUGGAUCCCCCCACUCCCGAAGUCAGGAGAGUUUUCUCAGUGAAAACACUAGAAUUUCCAUCCUAUCCCAGGAGCAUUCAUUACUUCUGGUAUGUUGAUGGAAUUUGCAUCAAAUUGAUUGGCAGUCAUUUGGUUGACAGCCAUUUGUAAGGGCCGUGACUCCCCCCACCCCCAUUUGCUCUGGAGUCCCGUCUCAGGACAGGUGACAGGGCCUGGUUGGUCCUUUUAUGGUAUGUUUCUCCCCAACUCUCUCUAACAGGAAACAGAUUUUCAGGAUACCAUUUGCCUUGAAUUAGCUGAUCUCCUGGAAUGUGGACAGGCUCCCAUUCAUUAAAACAGAUUCAAGGCUAAGUCUUCCGGGAUUGUCAAGCUACAAGAACCUGACUGGUGGCCUUAAAAGCUUAACCUAUUUAAAUAUCUGCAAAUGAGGUUAUGAUUCAUUUAUAAUACCUAAACACCUACAGAUGGAUGCCAUGCUGUUAAUAGCAGACAUAAAUUCGAAAGGGCAUUUGGUAAGAAAAAGGUCUCGAUUCUGGAAGGGCUGAAUUCUCCACUGUCAUUGCAGUUUCUAUAGAAGAAUCCUGUGUUCCUAUGGUCUUUUUUUUUUCUUCAUGCAAUUAUCUCCAUCUUAAACCUUGGCUAGAAGAACUUGGACUAAUGGCUGAGUGUGCUUGGAAUUAUGCCUGUGACUUCUUUGCCACCCUGUGAAUUUCCUUAGGAGAAGCUCAGUCAGUGACUUUCUUAAUCUAAAAUAUGAGAAUCCGCUCAUGCUCCGUGCUUCUGGUCACCAGGGCACCACUGUCAUUGACACCUGUUCACCUCCAUUGAAAUCAUUGGCAUUUCAAUGGUCAUUGUGUCAGCCUUCUCAAACCCCACAGCCUAUCAGACACUCCAUGGACAGUCUGUUUCUGGGAAUGAGUCUGCCCCCAUGGCAUGUUUGGUGACUAGAGCCACUUUUGGUCAUCUUCACUGCAGAGCAGGCAUGACUGGCAUGUAAUAGCCAGGCCUGGGGCACCUACAGCACUAACCACUCCAGCUGAGGCAGCAAGACCCAAAGUUUGUUGUCAGUCUGGACUACCACAGCAAGAGACUGCCUCAAAAAAACCUACAAAGGGGUGGGGGUGUGGCUCUGGGUGGAGUGCUUGCUGAGCUUAAGGAGCCUGUAGAUGCAAAGGGAGGGAGGUGGGGAGGGGUCAGUGGGGAGGAGCGUUUGCUAGGAGAGCAAGGCACGGCAGGCAUGUGUGCCUGUAACCUCACUACUGGGGGACAGGGACAGGCAGAUUGUAGGAACUCAUAUAAUAUAAACUGCAGUGGUGUUUGUUGAGAGAAUUUGCAUUAACAUUGGCAAAUAUGCAUACAGGGACCACUGAAAACCAAAACUCAUGACAAGAGAGAAACACUACUAAUUAGGUGGCAGCUCGUGUUGUAGGUGCCCCAGGCCUGGCUAUUACAUAUGUAAACGUGUGCUUUGGGGAAAUUCUUACACGUCUAACCUAUGGUUUGGUUGUGUGAAGCUCUGCUCACAAUUGUCUACUUUGUUCAGUACAGCUGAGCAGGGGCAGCGGCUGCAGCUUGGUAGAGUGAUUGCCGGGUAUGUAGAAAGUUCUGUGUGUAAUUUCCAGCAUGACAUAAACCAGGUAUGUUGGCACACGUCUAUAGUCUCAGUAUCUGCAAGAUGAAAGCAGGAAGUCCAGAAGUUUAAUGUCAUCCUCAGCUAUUAUAUCAAGUUCAAGACCAGCCUGGGCUACAUAAGACUCUGUCUCAGACUGACAGGCCGACUGGUGGGUGGACAGACAGGUAGAUGGGUAGAUGGAUAGAUAAAUGGGCAAAUGAAACAUCAGGCAAUUGGGAUACUAUUUAGUGUGACAAUGACCCAAGGAGCAUCAUUUACGAAAACGCCUUGCUCAUGAACUAACAAUUGAACCUCAAGAAGCGGAGACUGCUCGCCUCAGCACAGGCAUCCUGCUCCCCAGGAACUACCUAACUGAACACACUUUAAAGGGUUAAAGUGCUGACUGUGGGAGUCGUGGUGAAGAGUCAGAGGCUAUUAAAAUGCCACAACAGUAGCUUAACUAAGGUGGACAGCCAUCCAGCAUAGAGUCCCAGGCCGAUUCAGGACUCCCGGGUCCCCCAGCUCCUCCUGUCCUGGGCACUCCACCAUCCUUGAUCUGUACGUCAUGGUGACUGCUCCAGCGCCCACUGCCAGUCACAUCUUAAACACAAAAAAGGAAAAGAAGAAGUUGAGGGCAUAACCUUCCUCUUAAGGGCGUGAUUUGGAGCGUGGCCAUUUACAUUUUCCACUCAUGAUACCUUUGGCCUAAGAAAUUCUUACAUGACCUCUAGUAUAUGAGUUCAUAAUAAAUCAAGUGCUCACUGAUAGUAAUCAAGGAGAAACUCACCGUGAAGCAAUUCACGGGAAACACGUAGACUUUUAACAUUGAAGGAUGGAAGCAAAAGUGCAUACUAACAAGGUGGGUGUGUGUGUUUGUCUUAUAGAGUGUCAUACGGUGGUACGCUAAUGUCAUAUUUACGUACUAAGGAACUAUACAGAGGAAUAUUAAAAACUCCUUAUUUUGUGGAAUUAAACAUUAUGCUUCUGUAGGAACAGGAAACUGUACAUGGGGGGGGGGGAGGGGGGAGGACAAACAAACGCGCCGUUUGCCAGGAGUGUAUGGAAGUUUUACGUUUCAUGGCGUGUCGUUGUAUGAUGUAACCUACAGCAGGAAGUAUGAAUUUUGUCAGUUCAGAGCCUGGGCUGCGGGGAAGUUGCAUGGUACACACAGCAUGAGGGACUGCUGUAAGGAACACUCAGAUUCACCAUUUGGUAUGGGGUUGAAUUUGAAUGAAUUUUUGCUUUGUUGUGUGUCCAGAAACCUUUUCUUGUUGCCAGAUCUUUUGCAGCCCCCAUCAUUCAGCUACCCUACCCCAUAACAGGGCAUGACUCAAUUUAAGAAGCCUUGACCUAGACAUUACACAUACAACUUGCGGCAGUCCAGUUGCCUAGAGCAUGGUUACUUGGCCAUGAUUGGCUCACAGAGAUGCUGACAGGCCACGGUCACAGCCGUGGGCUAAGCUGAAACUCAAGGGCUCCUUUACUAGAAACGCCAGGGUGUCAGAGGGCCUCUAGCUUUGCCUCAGGAGGAAAUAGCUUGUUUGGAUUAAUUCAAGGUCAGGAACUCAAAGCCUGAUUAAUAAUUCCAGCUGGCCUUCAGCCAGGGUAGAGUUCAUAGGCUAUGACAGUGUCUACACAGGCUUGUUAUUUCACUGUUGGGUUAACCUGAGCAGCAGACCCUGCCUGGACCCUCAAGUGUGUACAUUUCUACUAAUGAUAAAGCUGGGGGGUGGGUGAGCAAUAGUGAGGUAACUCAGGAUGUACUCAAGCAAUGCCUACCGUAGUGAGCUGGACCAAGCAGAGUCAGAGUUACUGUGGGGUGACUUAUGUCCCCUGGCUAGUGCAUUUUAUAUCAGCUCAGGUCAGCAUUUAACGUACUAAGCAUAUGAUUGUCUAUUAAUUUCAUUUGUUUUUGUUUUGUUUUUUGAGUCUCAAGUAUAUAUUGUUGUUGCUUUGGAUUACUUUUGUGUGGCGGCUGCUAUGACCCAUCCAACCCCCACUAAAGUACGGAAACUGGAGAUCUGCUCUGAACUGAAGCUAAUGCUGAAUUGUACUGGGUGGGGAAUUGUGCUGGUGACCCACCCUGUGAACGCCAGCCUCUUACCUCAGAACCACAUGGGUAGACAUGAAGGGACUGCCAGUGGUGACAGCUGCUUUGACCAUUUCAAAUGACUGGCCUCAUAUUUGUCUGUUUCUGACCAAAUGCCAGCAAUUGCUGGCCUGAUCCAGCAAAGUUCUGUAGAGUUAAUUGAUGCCUGUCUCUGUCUCUGUCUCUGUCCUUCGCUCUAGAUUUACUUCUUAUUUUGGGGAGUGAUGCAUCCAUGCCACAGCAUGCAUGUGGAGGUGAGAGGCCGUUGUGAGCCUCACUUCUCUCUUCCAUCAUGUGGGUCCCAGGGGUCAUCACUCACACUGCCAGGCUUGACAGCCAUGAUCCCCUGACUCAUCUCACCAGCCAAGGUCAUUCUCUCUUCAUUCCUUAGCGAAGACAUUGAAAAGUUCCUAGAGAAAAAAAGAGAGAGAGAGAGAGAUGCUAUUUUGAAGAUGUACAAAUGGUAGUCAGACUCUUAGUUCCUGUGGUGUGUUGUGGUUUUGAUGGGACUGUCCCCCAGAGGCUAGUAGAGGUUUCCAGUUGGUGGCAGUGUUUGGGGAAGUUAAGGGUGCAGCCUUACUAGAAGGGAUGUCGCUGGGGAUGGGCUUUGACAUUAGAGCCUCAUCUUCAUGCCACUUCUGUCUUGUUCUCUGUCUUGUGCUUAUAAAAAAGGAUGUGAGCUCUCCUAGUCCUCUUCCCAGUCCCACAUCUAUGCCAGCUGCUGUGCCUGCCCACCGCGAACAAUUCUUAUCCCUCAGGACCAUGAACCCAAACAAACUCUUGCUUCUGUAAGUCGCCUCGCUCAUGGUGUUUUCUCACAGCAACGGAAAAACAGCAUUUGGUGUUUCAGACUUAGACAGAACGUACCAGACACCUACCCUGUCAGGAGUCCGGCCUCCGCUCUCAUGAGCAACUGAUUAGGUGUAGCAGGUCUUUAAAGUGGCAAACCCACGUCCAUACCAUGUAGAGCAAAACCUGUGUUGAUGAUUCAGAUGGUUAAGCUCCUGAAAUGUGUUCUUUUCUAACCUUUCACUGCUGUGAAUCUGUAUGUUACCCGCAAAACACACAGGAUAAACGGGGACAGGAUGUAUUUUCUACAGAUAUAUGAACAUACGGUGUUGUGGAUGUGAGCUUCAUGUGGACAGCCACGCCUCAGUCCACAAACUUUGUCUUGGAUUUCUUCUCCAAAAGUUUUUCACAGCAGGUCCAAAGUUAAUGCAGUAUUCUCAAAAUUAACCUGUUAGAGAUUGUCACCCCACCCCCACAUCAUGGUUAGGUCUAAAAAUUUCAUCCCACCUUCUCCACAAUUUCUCAAUGUCUCUUGGUAUUCACAACAUAAAAACUAGUAGGAUGACUCCGUAUCCAUUUAACCUCAAACCCAAUGAGGAAGAAACACGGCGACCUGUUAUAGUGGUCCCUGUUGGUUUUCUCUCUUUCUUCUUUUUUCUUUGUUCAUUUAUGUUUUUCAGAACAGGAUUUCUCUUGGCUGGCUAUCCUAAAACUUGCUCUGUAGACCAGGCUGGCCUCAAACUCAGAGAUCCAACGGUUUCUGCCAACAUUAUUGUGGACAUUAUAUGGAUAGACUUGGAUCAAAAUCUAGGCUAGCUCAAAUGGUGAGCAUUUUGUGAGUGAGUGAGAGUCCUAACACAUUAGAGGCUUCACAGUUUCACUUCCUCCACACAGAAGAAAAACUCCAUCCUUAUCCUUUCUUUUUGAGCUAAUGAUGCAGGAAAGACACAGGCCUAGAAGGAACAGGUGGGAUUUAGGAUCAGCCAUGUGGUCCCUUGGGCAAGAAACAGUGGCUUAAAAGGACCUUUCAGUCUGUAUCCUGGUGCCUGAGGGGUGGAGUUGUGUGCAUAGAAGCCAGUGGAAGGAGGCAGGAAGCAGCCCUGGUCACUCUCCGUGGGCAGCUGACUGUAAGGUCACCCUCCUCGGGCAGCACACGUGGUUAGCAGAUCUAGUCUGAAUCACGUCUCUGGCCUUUUCAGUUAAACCUGAACUUUGGAAAAAGUCACCUCUGCAAACUUGCUGUGUAACCCGUGGUUACUUGGCUUCUCGCCAGAGCCAGGCUAGCAUUUGGGGUAUGAUGUCAUUUAGUGUUCUGUUCUGCUGCGCAUGUGAUUGCUUUAACAGCUCCAUGGAUCUAGGGCUGGGGAGACGGCUCAGUUGGUAAAGUGCCUGCUGUGCCGGCAUGAGGACCCAAGUUCAAAUCCCCAGGACAGAGAUAGGUAGGUAGGUACCCAGAGCUUGUGAGCCGUGCAGUCCAGAGACUCUAUUGUCUCAAAAAAGAUGUGGAGGAGGGGUGAGCAUAACCAAAAUACAUAGAAUAAAAUACUUAAGAGAUUAAUAAGAACAGUAUUUAAAAAUAAGUUGCAGUGGGAUUAAGGAAAACACAUGACAUCAACCUCUCUCCUACACCCAUGCAUGCACACACACCCACAUGAACACAUAUUCACCCCACACACAAGAGCACACACGUACACACAAUACUAAGUGUUGGAUACUGACGAGUCACGGCGCCCUGCCACUAGCCUUUACAGGUGUUGGCUCUACAGUGGCUUUUAAAAGUAUGAAAUGAGAUGGGAUAUCUGUAGGACGUUAACUUGACACCGUCUCCUGUAAAGAUUAGAAUGUUCACAGUCUCAACCCAGGAGUCACCAACAGGACCUAGAAACAAGUGCAUCUGUUGCAAAAGCAGCCACACAUUCCCACUGAAAUUAGAACAUGGCAGUGAUCCAAUUCCACAAGUAUUUGUGAGUUUCUGCAUUAAUAUUAGAUGCAAAAAUCUGUGUUCAAGUGCCACUAAGGUUACAAAUGUGCACAUGCCCAAACUGGAAAAUAAGAUUACCAUAGUGCUGUUACCUGUCCCCUGUUAGUCCAUGACCCAUAGUGCACUCAACAGUUUGAAGGCUGAUAUGCUAUGCACAGCUCUUACUAUGCGGUGUGAUUAAUCUGAACUUCAGCCUCUUGAGAAGCAGGCAUUGGGGGAUGGGAAGUCCUAGAUAAGUGGUUUCACCAUGUGACGUCAGUUGGGAAAUUAGCUUUUACAUCCCAUAAAUUGUCUGUGAACUAGAGAAUAAUAUUCUUUUUCCAAUUGCUCCCUAGUCCUUAGAAGAUGAGACAGAGGUUCUAUUGAGAUAAAGUCUCGAAAGGACGCUGAACCUUUGUUACCAAAGGUAAAGCACUUGUGUUACAGUGCAGAAAGGUAGCCACUUCUCAGCUCACUUGUAGAAAAAUCACUUACAUUCAUUUACAUAUCAUGAAUCAAUGCCUCUUUCUCUCUUGCCUGCAGCCAGAUUUUUUUUUCAGAUCACAAGUGUUUAUUGUCCUCUAGUAUCUAUAUAAAAGAAGAAAGGAUAGAGACAAAAAGUAGUUAAAAUAUGUAAGAAUAAUACAAGCAGAGUGCCUGACUAGUGUGUUGCAUCUGGGAGGUGAGGUGCAGCCCAGUUGAUAGUGGCAAGUUGCCAAGCAUGCAUGAAGCCCUGAUGCCAUCUGCAGCACCACGGAUCAGGCAUAAUGGUGUAGCCUUUAACCCAGUACUGAGGAGGCAGGAGGCUCAGAAGCUCAAGGGAGUCCUCAUCUGUUUCAUAGCAAAUUCAGGAACAUGAUAGGCUACAUAAAAACCCUGUCAAAGAUUAAUACAUUAUGUUUUCCUCAUAGAGAGAAAGCAUCCAAUUAUUUGAUUUUUCUAAUGUCUUAUUUGGUAAACAAACUACUGGUUGCAUUGAAUUUUUUGUGUAAGGAGCAGCCCAGCCUGGUGUUGAACUUCCAGUACUCCCGUCCCCCAGGUCUGUGGAAGCGCGCAUACAUGUGCACAGGUAUAUGUCUGGGAGUCAAAGGUUGAUGCUGGGCAUCUUCUUCAAUCACUUUCUACUUGUUUACUGAGGUCUCUUGUGAGCCCCGUGCUCCCUGAGUCUCUGAGUCUGGCUAGCUUGUCCUAGGGACCCCAUGUCUCCACUUCCUCAGUGCGUACCCCAUACCCGCUAAUUGUUAUAGGCACUCCUUACCAUACUCAGCUGCCUCAAAGAUUUUUUUGCGAUUUUAUUUGGUUUCCUUUUCAAUUUGAGAAUUGAAAUUGGAAGAUGAUGCUUUUCAAAAAAGAUACGCACUUCUCAUUUGGCUUAGCAGCUUUGGACUUGAACUGUAGAUUAUGUGUUACUUAAAAAUAUCCCAGGCUGUUGGGUAUUUACAUUUCUGGCACAUGAGCCAAAAAUCUACUUCUCACUCUUGCCCACUCCUGAGAUGAUUAAAAAGAGAUGGCUCUGAUUUUUCAUUCAUUUGUAUUGAUCAUGGCAGAGCCCUGACAGUCAUUUCUAAGCUUUUCCAAAACUCCUUGCUAAUAAGGUACGUGUUUAGGAUACAGUUACAUUUACACCAGAGCUUCCUGUUCUGACAGCACCCCAUCCCUCAACAGAGCAUCUGUUGUUCCAUGUGCAAGGCUCCCACAGUUGUAUUUUGAGCCAAGGCCACGGGAUAUGGUGGCACUUGCCUCCUAGGAAAGAGGAAAACUAAGCGUGUGGCAUUGACCUUUGUAGCACCAGGUUCAAGUAAGGUGAUCAGCCUAGAUGGAUCUUCAGGCCAGCACCAGCAGCCAGACUCUACUUGACAGACAUUAAAGGUCUUUUCUGAGAGGAGUAACGCGCUCACUGUCUGGACAAGCUGCAGAGUAUGUAUUUUUCCGAGCGGAGCAUCCCAGGUUCAAAACCCACCUCUCCCCCUUUCCAACUAUAUGGGAACAUGCUAACUCCUUCAUCAUUCUUCGUGACUUUUUCUCAUCUACAGAAUGAAGCUAAUAAUGAUUCCAAUUUUUCUGUGCUGUUAUGAAGAUUAAAUAAAGCCAAAGAUAGAACUCUUGGCUUUAGUAUGGUACCGGGAAGAAAAUAAGUGCUCAAUAAGGUGUAACUUCAUCCUGUUUCACCUACAUCCACAGCCACAACUUUCCUCAUUACAGAAGUGCAUGGAGGCAGUGAGAGGGCUAAGUGAGUAAAGGUGCUUGCUGCCAAGCUGGCAUCCCGAGUUCCGACCCUGCGACCCCAAGGUGGAAGGAGAAAACCAACUCCUGCAAGUUGUCCUCUGAUGGACAAAGUAUACUGUGGCACUCACGUGUACACACACACACACACACACACGUUAGUGUAACAAAGCAUAUAAAUAGGUAGGCAUGAAUUAUACACAUUACCCUUUAUUCUUGGUCAGAGUGCUAACAGUCGCCACUCAUGAGAUGUUACCUUACAGGAAAUUGCUCACAGUCUCUUCCCUCAUGCUCUGCCUAGCAAUGUACUGUGCUCUACACGGUAUGUCCUCCCAGACUCCUACACUGAAAUUUUCCUCCCCAUGUUGGCGGUUAGACGGUGGGGCCUUGGAAGUGGUCAGGUGGUGGGAUGGGGCAUGCAUGAGCGAGAUUAGUGCCUUCCUCACAGAAGGAGGUCAUCUGAGGCCCUUCACUGCCUUCCUCUGGUGCUUCCCACCCCCAAAGCUAGAGGAUCCAUUUUGUUACCUCUAAGUCAUCAGUCUGUGCUCAAAGGAGCAAGCAGAACUCUCAGUCCUGUGUCUGGAAUUCCCUGCAUGGAGAGUAAUUAAAUAAGCCAGCUAAAGAAAUCCUCACCAUAUGAAAAAAAUUCUGCUUAAUCAAAUAGUAUUUCAGAAUCAAGAUUUUAAAAAAUUGUGGUUAUGGUUUUUUUUUUAACGUGAUAAAAGUAAAGAUUGUUGUUGUAUUUUUCCAAAGUAAAAAAUAAAUAAAAAAGACAAAUACUUUUAGGGAAAAAUUACAAUAAAUAUUCCUUGGAUAAAAAAAUAAAAGUACCCUGUCCUGGUGAUGGUGGCACUCAGAAGGCAGAAGCAGUGUGGAUCACCUGAGUCUGAGGUCUUAAAAGAGGGAAUUCCAGAACAGCAGGGCUACAAAGAGAAACCCUGUCUGGAGUUGGGGUGGUGUUUGGAGGGACGGGGAAGCUACAAACUACCUUUCCUCUGAGAUUGCUUUUUAUAAUGCAAACUGGGAAAGCACAGCUCUGUGGUAAUACAGAGACACAGUUGUCCAUGGGUCCUUAGGGCAGUGGUCCUCAGCCUGUGCGUCGCAAAGCCUGCCAGAUAUGCUGUACAUCAGAUGUCUACAUUAUAGUUCAUCACAGAUACCUACAUUAUAGCAAGAUUGCAGUUAGGAAGUGGCAGUGAAAAUAAUAUUCUGGUUUGCUGUCACCACAGCCUGGGGAACUGUAUUAAAGGGUCGAAGCAUUAGGAAGGUUGAGAACCACUGACUUAGAGGGUAUUCCAAGACACACACACACACACACACACACACUUGUGCUCAGUCCGCCUUCAAAUGCUAAAUCUCCCAUAAGCUAACAGGACUAUUACACAUACCAAAACCCACAGCCAGGUGAAAGGCCAAUCAGGAUGGUUAUGUUUUCUGUCACGUCAGAAGCAGCAAGAGAGAUGAUCUGUCUGUGACUACACAGGGAUCCCAGGCAUCCAGAGCUGAUAAGGCCUUGGAAACCUUUGAUGGAACCCUUGAUAGGAGGCCUCAGCUAACCCCUCCUCUCUUCCUUUCUUCUUCUUUUGUGUUGUCAGAAAGGGUCUCACUGUGUAGCCCAGACUGGUCUUGAACUCAUGGCACUCCUUCUGCCUUAGUGUGCCUAAUACCAGCAUGCAGGCAUGAGCUACCCGGUUAGAACCCUCUUAUGGUUAGUGCUCAUAGGAAACUUUAAAAUGAAACAAAUUAGAUUGCUGCAGCAGAUUUUUCUGGUGAAAUGAAUUGAAAUAGUUAAAUUUUACUCUUUGGUCUUACAGUAAAAUGCAAUGAAUGGUCUUUUCAGUGAGACAGAUAGGCAACCACUUACUAUCUAUGUGACCUUCAACUCAGCCACCCGAAGCAGUUGAUACUUUUCCUUUCUAUUGGUAAAUCUACCACUACUGUCUAAGGCAUAGUGUUUUGUAAGGUUAAAUGCAGUGUGGAUAGUGUGUGGCCUAGGACAAUGAAGACUCCUGUACGAAUGUAAGCCAUUGUUGCAACCACAUUGUCUCCAUGACGCACUGUUAACUAACAAGCCCUGGUGUUCUACCUCAGGAAAAUCAGCUGCCAGGCGUCCUUAGAACUUUGUUCUGCUUAACUGCUGAGGUUCCCUAAAGGUUGUUCUGCCUUGUCUAAUAAGAAGGAAGUCAGGGACAGACAGCACACAGUGAGUUCUCAGGAGUCUGCCCUUAGGUUCUUCUGUUAUCAGUUGUUUUACCUUCAUGGCUGAAGGACACCACUCCACCAGCAGGCAUCCAAGGGAGAUAGAUGCCCAGGGUCAAAGUUUAUUUGAUUGUCUUUGAGGAUUGUGGGUAGUGGCGGAGUCAAACACUCUCAGCAAGUACUUCCACCCUUCCCAACCAGAACUGGGUUCUACACUAGCUUCUCAUAGGAUUGGAAGUUGAGAAGGAAGGUGUGUGUUUAUAACUAGGAGUAAUGCUGCCAUCCUAAAAAAAA